AUGGCAGAACCGUUGACGGAUCAGCUCUAUCAGCUAUACGACGACUUGCCCAUCUGGGGCAAGGCUACUGUAGCUGGUGGAUUAGCUCUCGCUUUGUAUCUCCCUUACAAGUAUUAUUCCACUGCAAGACGCCGAAAAGGGCCAAUCAAGCAUGACUACGUUGAAGGUGAGAAUGUUUCUUCAAGUUCAAAAAAGCACUGCAAAGAAUAG